AUGCAACAGGAAACAAUACAAUUAGUUUGUUGUCCCGAGUGUAAUAUAAUGAUGACACGUAUGAUACAUGUCAUAAAACCCAAUUAUAAAAAAGGCUGUCAAAUGGGUUAAUGUAAAAAUUGUUACAUAUCUAUAGCCAAUAAAGGAACUUAGUUACGUAAUUCCCAAAUCUGCAUAUCCAACAACGUAUGCACAAGAGGAAAUAUUUGGUCACGAUAAAACAGAACAGAUUUGUGUUUUGUGAACAAUUCAUUAAGGAGAAUAAAAUGAAUAAUCCUUCACUAUAGGUGAUACCAAAUUACGAACUUAAUGGGUCCUCAUUGCUCUUUAACUUCGUACUUUAUUUGGCAUUUUCAACCUUUUUGAUUCGAGUGUCACUGAAGAGUCUUUUGUAGACAAAACACGCGUCUGGCGUACACAAUUUUAAUCCUGUUCAACCUCAUAGCCAGCGACAAUUGGACUCAGACCAUUACCUCCGAUGCCUUAUAUUGGAGAUUAUUUCACUUAUUUGUAAGCCAAGCGAACAUUGAACUGCUGGUAAUGAUUAUAAGGUUGUUAGAUUUAUUACCGGGUUUGUACUAACAUGAGCAACACGACGGGUGCCACAUGUAGAGCAGGAUCUGCUUACCCUUCCGGAGCAACUGAGAUCACCCCCCAGUUUUUGGUGGGGUUCGUGUUGCUCAGUCUUUAGUUUUCUAUGUUGUGUUUGGUGUACUAUUGUUUUUCUGUUUGUCUUUUUCUUUUUUAGCGAUGGCGUUGUCAGUUUAUUUUCGACUUAUGAGUUUGAAUGUCCCUUUGGUAUCUUUCGCCUCUCUUUUUUAGGACCAGCUUAGACUAAAUUAGAAAGUAUAGGUGAUAGGACUUUUUACGAUCAUGAUUUUGUGCCAGCAUUUAAAUGUGUUAAUUGGCCUUCUCAUGCAAGAGAAUGGAAGUUUAGAAAAAGAAAAAGUGGAUGGCCAUCACCAGAUUUAAUCAGCAAGUGUCUUAUGUCAGAUUGCCAUGUUGUGCCUGUUGGUCACAAAUGUAGUUCUAAAUGCGAUAAACGAAAGGAAUGGCGUAUAUCGUUUACGGGUGCUUCAUAUAUACUUGCACAUUCUUUGAGUUUUAACCAAAGACAAGCAUUUAUUCUGAGUAAACUGCUGAUUAAAGAAACAUUAGAAUUUUCUUUAAAACGCAGACCUACUUUUAAGAAUAUUAAAUUAGUGUCUUCCUAUGAAUUAAAAACAUCUUUUUUAUGGCUAUGCGAGGAAAAACUUGCAUGGAAUAACAUUUUCGUAGAUUGUCAUGAAAUAGUUGAAAAACUGCUAUACUUCUUACGCAAAAGAGUUCUACCUGAUUACUUCAUUCCGGAAAGAAAUAUCAUUGAAACAUUAUCCGGAGAGGCCAUUGAACAGUGUAUGGAUUCCUUUUAUUCAAUCUUAAUCGACGACAAUCUUCUCGCUAUUUUAAAUAGAUCUCUACAGUCAUGUUAUUCGGAUGUCACAAAUCAUCCUCUACCAAAGGUUCCAAAAAUCAAAGCAGUUUUGUCUGAAGUUAACAAUUUUAAUGAAUCAGGAAAUCCGUCAAAUCGAUUGUACAUGUUGAGUAUAAUUCAAUUUGUUGUGGAUGCAUUGUCAGCAACUUUAACUAAUUCAAAUAGGACAGAUAAUUUUAUUGAUAUAAGUACGAUUUAUUCAAACGAGACCUUUCUGCAGGAUUUGUUGAUCGGUAGACCUAAAAUUAAGUCGUUCUUUAAUCUAGGGCUCAUCAUGCAACUUGCUUUCAAUACAUUGUUUCCCAAAGCCGUUCAAAUUCCAGAAGAGGAAAAUGAAAAUGCAAGCAUAUCAACAGUUGAUAUUGAGAGGUUCGAGUGUUUUGCAGAAUUGGUUAUAGAUAUCGCAGACAACUUUUUUGAUGUUCUGUCUCAGGAUUUUGUAUUUGAACAUUUACAAAUGGAUAUAUGGGCUCCAGUUUCACUUAUCCUUAGAGAUUUGUGUAUCCGGGCUGGACUUCAAUAUGGAAUGCGUCAGGAAGUAAUCAAUUUUGAAUCCUUAAUUAAACAAAAUUCGAAUAAUCCAGGUAUUGUUGAAUCAUUGAUCAUGGGAUAUGGUACAAAACAAGAUCUGCAAACAAACUCAACUAUAUGCAAACAAAAGGUAGACAAAUGGUUCCAAACAUAUGCAGCUUUUGCUGAAUGUGGAUUAGGACUUUAUUUUCAUUCGUGCAAAAAACUGAAAUUAGAAGACACUUUAACAUUCAGCUGCUACGAAGAAAAAAAUGUCUGUGUCCUUUGCGAAGUCAUUACGAAGAGAUAUUCCAGAGAUAUUUGAUGAUGAAAUGCUAGGAAGUCUAAUGUUGCGAAACAGAAUUAAAUUACUGUUCAACAAAAAUUUUUAUGACCUGAAAUUCAGUCUAUGACAUUGUAUUAUUCAACGAUCAAAAAUGUUUUUGUCUCAAAUGUAUAAAUGUAUUGAGAGAAAAUCAGCUCAUUUUGUCAGUCUUUGUGCGUUCGCUUUAGUAUUGCUUAUAAAAUAAUGUUGAUGUUA